ACCAUCACAUUCAAGAAGUAACUCAUUUCACGAGAGUAUAUCAACUCCAUCAACGCCAACAUCUCCAAGUUCGAAUGGAAGUAACAAGAAAAUAAUAGAAAAUACAGAUUCGGUAUUCCUCAAGGAAUUAUUAAAAUUUUUUGCUGAAAUGUUAGAAUUAAGUGGUGAUUCUGCUGUGAUGAUCUCUAAUAUCAAAGAAUAUUUGCACAAUCGAAUGAGAGAACACAAGUCAACAUUUAAAACUCUGAAUCAACAUAAGGAUAAUCCACAAUUCGGACCAAUCAUAGGUUUCUUUUACGAAAAUUCAAUCGGUACUGUUCAAGAUAAACAGGCUGCCUUCGCCUCUUAUCAGAAAGCUGCAGAUAAUGGUGAUCCAAUAGGCCAGUAUUUUCUUGGUAAAUGCUUUCAAAAUGGAAACGGUGUGACAAAGAAUGUAUCUCGAGCAAUGAUGUACUAUAAAUUAGCCGCUAGCAGUGGGUAUUCUCUAGCACAAACUAGAAUUGAUGGCUUGUCAAAACAAAGAAGGCCAUCAUCUGUUUUAAAAGUUAGUCCAAAAUGA